AUGUCCGAAAUAUUUUCUUUCAACAAUGUGAUGGUAAGCAAUGCCGAUCGAGUAAAAAAUGGGCCAGUCACAGGAUCACGGAGCAUCACUAUCAUUGCAAGCAAUAUGGGUUCAGUCACAUAUACGGGGGCAGGGCGGGGAGGGCACACGGGGUGCGAGGCGACGGAGUGGGAGUCGGAGACGUCGGUGCGGUGUCAGGCAGGGCUAGGGGCGCGGGGGAGCGGGCAGGUGUCGCUGACGGCAGGGGGGCAGGGAGGGGCCGGGAGCAGGAGCGAGGCGGUGUCGUGGGACGGGCCGGGGGUGUACACGCUGAGUCUUGGGGAGGAUCGGAGGGCGAGGUUCGAUCGAUAUUUGCUUUCGUUUUCCGGACUGUCAUAUCUUGAAGCAAAUCUUUCUUCAUUGGACACCGUGCUGUUUACCUUGACUCUUCCAUCGAGCAAUGAUUACGUGGCUUUGAUUGGGGGUCAAGAGUACGUAGCGUUCACGUGCGUCAACUCGAGCUAUGGCCUGUACCUGCUACGGUUGACGGCGCGGGGGCUUUUCGGGACGAGCGUGGGCGAUCACGAGGCCGGGGCGGAGGUCAUCUACUACGCCUGGAAGACGGUGGGCCAAGGGAACCGGGCAGGGACGGGGUCGACGAGCAUGACGGUGUACGGGGGGGCGAUGGGCGUCGGCGUACACGGGGGCAGGGCGGGGAGGGCACACGGGGGGGCGAGCUACGACGGGGGGUGGGCGAGCGGGGCAGGGAGGGCGAACGGGGCAGGGACGGGGUCGACGAGCAUGACGGUGUACGGGGGGGCCAUGGGGCUCGGGACGUACACGGGGGCAGGGCGGGGAGGGCACACGGGGUGCGAGGCGACGGAGUGGGAGUCGGAGACGUCGGUGCGGUGUCAGGCAGGGCUAGGGGCGCGGGGGAGCGGGCAGGUGUCGCUGACGGCAGGGGGGCAGGGAGGGGCCGGGAGCAGGAGCGAGGCGGUGUCGUGGGACGGGCCGGGGGUGUACACGCUGAGUCUUGGGGAGGAUCGGAGGGCGAGGUUCGAUCGAUGUAACGAGACGGGGGCGGACUCCUCGUGCUUUCUUAUGGACACUAUAGACCGAUUGACGACUUCAAUCUCGUCGAGUCUUUCUACAAACCUGUCACGUCUUUCGUUUGUUAUGUCAGUGAGGCAGAUGCCCCCGAGCACAGCAUACGUAGCAUUGAUUGGGGGCCAAGAGUACGUAGCGUUCACGUGCGUCAACUCGAGCUAUAGCCCGUACCUGCUACGGUUGACGGCGCGGGGGCUUUUCGGGACGAGCGUGGGCGAUCACGAGGCCGGGGCGGAGGUCAUCUACUACGCCUGGAAGACGGUGGGCCAAGGGAACCGGGCAGGGACGGGGUCGACGAGCAUGACGGUGUACGGGGGGGCCAUGGGGCUCGGGACGUACACGGGGGCAGGGCGGGGAGGGCACACGGGGGGGAGCGGGACGGAGGGGGCGAGCUACGACGGGGGGUGGGCGAGCGGGGCAGGGAGGGCGAACGGGGCAGGGACGGGGUCGACGAGCAUGACGGUGUACGGGGGAGGCAUGGGGCUCGGGACGUACACGGGGGCAGGGCGGGGAGGGCACACGGGGUGCGAGGCGACGGAGUGGGAGUCGGAGACGUCGGUCACUCCGGAUGUGAAAGUACACUAUGGUCGUCAGUAUCGUCAAUUGAAUGUAAAGUUUCACACGGCUCUGGCUCUCAACUUCGUGUUGCUGUCACUUCUGGUUCCGUUGUUGGCAGCCUUACUCAAUUUCUAUCAUAUGAAUCUCCCUUGGUAUGGGGUCUGCAAUCGUUGUACGGCGACUCUUCUGUAUGGUUUAAGUAUACCGAGGGUCGAUGCCCCGGUUGAACUAUCCAUCACUGGUAAUUCAAAUUCUUUGUCAUGUGUAGACGAUCUAGAAUGGCGAGACUCAAAUGGCUUUGGCUGCCAAAAUUACACAGAAAAUGCUGUAGCUUUGGCCAGAUUAUACCAGUGUGGUUUCAAUGGAGGAAUUAUCACCGCUGACUCCGGGACCAUCACAGAUGGUCAAGAUUCGUUGGUCAGCCCUGGACCACGGCAAGUUUGCUGUGCAUGCCGAGGUUCGCAUUAUGUGUUUGAAUGCGCGCAAGGCUACAUGCAAACAGGGUACUACCAAGGAGGGGAAGCAGUUUGCGAGGACAUAAACGAGUGUGCAUUAGGCCCGGCAUGCAACUUGUACAAGCAGUGGGACCCGCUCACCUUAACGUACGAGAACAGAAGGGGGCAAUGUGAAAACACGAUCGGAUCUUAUAUUUGCACUUGCCCUGCAGCCGCCUCUGUUUGUUCAGAUAUUGCUAUCAAAAGCGCUGGGUCAUGGGCGCUCGUCGAAGAAGCCUUGGAUGGAACUACAAUCUAUGUUUCUCCAGGCUUGUACGAGGGUGUAUGCGGCUCAUGGUUUUCAAGGAACAUCACCAUCGUCGGGAUAGACGGAGCUGCAAACACAGUGAUUGACUGCAACCUUCAGUCGAGUUUCGCAACGAUCCAUCAUGCAACGGUGACUCUUCAAGGCCUGACUAUCCGCAACGGUAGCAAUGCUUCUGAGGCAGGUUGUCUCUUUGCCUCACAUAGCAGUGUGACCUUGAUCGACGUGGUGCUUGAGCGAUGUUCUAUUUCUUCCUCUUCCGCGUUGAGUAUGAUGAGCUCAAGCUUAGCAAUGAUCGGGGUAACCCUCGACUCGUCACAGGAUUCCUACAUAGCGGAUUUGCGACUCGAAAACUCAUACGCGUCCAUGCAAAGUUCACGCUGGAAAGCGGGAUUGUACAACCUGGCAUUCUAUCUCGUCCAGUCUGAGCUGAAUCUUUCCAACUUCUCCGUUCAGAACGAGACAUUUACCACCCCGGUUGCCAUGUUGAUCAAUUCCUCUACGAUCUGGAGCGACAGCGCAAUCGUGGUAUUUGACAACUCGGCGAAUGUCACGGAAUGGUGCACGUCCAUCACAGAUCAGCAGGUGUGCGCCAUGUUUGCGUGUUGCAGCUGGGAUGGAUAUUGUGGACCUUCUGGGAAUGGAGUACCUUGCAGUGACUGCACAAGUAGCAAUCUUUGCACGAAGACAACAGGGAGCGCGUGUAAAGUCAUGGGGUUCACUUUCGACAACAAUCUCCUCGACAGUCAAUGCGUUUGGAAAUAUUGA